GUUCCACCCGAUGCAUUUGUUGAUGGGAAAUAGCCAUCAGAUGGGGUGGGGACCCCGGGGCCCACUGUGAGAGGGACCUGAGCCAAACUCCGCUGGUCAGCUGACUCCAUCGCCCCUCCGCUGGCUGGUGGAACACAGCCACACUUUGGUUGUCCUGGAAUUAGUGUCGGUUCGGAGUCAGCGUCCAGUAAUCCUCCAAGGAUCGGAUUAUGUCCUUUUCCCCAGUGCACAGCCGUCCUGACAUCCUCAUGAGGCCCAGCUGUGCUACCGGGUGGUUUUUCCACAAGUCCCAUUGCUACGGGUACUUCCGGAAGCUGAGGAAUUGGUCCGAUGCUGAGCUCGAGUGUCAGUCCUUUGGGAACGGAGCCCACCUGGCGUCUAUACAGAACCUACAGGAAGCCAAAACCAUCUCCAAGUACAUAGGUGGCUACCAAAGGAACCUGCCCGUGUGGAUCGGCCUGCACGACCCGCAGAAGAGUCAGCAGUGGCGGUGGAUCGACGGGACCUCGUAUUUGUUCAAAACCUGGUCCGGCAGGUCCAUGGCUGGAAACAAGCACUGCGCUGAGAUGAACGCCCACAACUUUUUAACUUGGAACAGCAAGGAAUGCGACAAGCUCCAACACUUCCUCUGCAAGUACCGGCCGUAGAGCAGGAAUCGGGGUCCCGCAGCCCCGGCCCAAAGCCCUCCCCCCUUCUUGCCCUGCCACCGUGUCUAUGUCUGGUCAUUGCCUCAGGAAGUAAACGUGAUAACCA